AUGUCCAGACGCUACGAUUCCCGAACAACAAUCUUCUCCCCCGAAGGUCGACUUUAUCAAGUCGAAUAUGCUCUAGAAGCCAUUUCUCAUGCCGGAACUGCUCUGGGAAUCUUAGCAAAAGAUGGAAUCGUCCUUGCCGCCGAAAGGAAGGUGACGAGUAAGCUGUUGGAGCAAGAUACCAGCGCUGAGAAGCUGUACAUCUUGAACGACAAUAUGAUCUGUGCUGUUGCCGGAAUGACUGCGGAUGCCAACAUUCUCAUCAACUAUGCUCGACAGGCUGCUCAAAACUAUCUCCUAACAUACAAUGAAGAUAUUCCAUGUGAACAGCUUGUUAGGAGACUAUGCGAUCUUAAGCAGGGCUACACACAGCACGGAGGCCUGCGUCCCUUCGGCGUUUCAUUCAUCUAUGCGGGCUACGACUCGCAGCGCGAAUUUCAACUUUACCAGUCCAAUCCUUCUGGUAACUAUGGCGGUUGGAAAGCCACCUCGGUUGGUGCGAAUAACGCCUCAGCGCAGAGUUUACUGAAGCAGGAUUACAAGGAGGACUGCGACUUGAAGGAAGCCUGUGGGAUUGCUGUCAAGGUGCUUAGUAAGACCAUGGAUAGCACUACCCUAAGUAGCGAGAAGAUUGAAUUUGCGACCGUUGGUAAGACAGCCGAAGGCAAGGUUUAUCAUCACCUAUGGACCGCAGACGAGAUCCAGUCACUCCUAAAAGAGCAGGGCUUGGCAAAGCAGGAGACAGAGGAAUAA